GCAGAGGCUGACUUGAAGUCUUUACCUGAGAUAAAUGACACAGUUUCCCAGAUGGAUGUUGAACAAGAAUAUGCUCCAUUCAUUUCCCAUGGGUUUGUUUCAAUGAGUGACAGUUUAAAAAAAGUGGAUGUGAAAAUACUGCGUGACACUGGAGCAUCUGAAUCUUUCAUAUUGGAGAGUGUUUUGCCAUUUUCUUCAUCUUCUGGUACAGGUCGUAGUGUUUUGAUUAGAGGUAUUGGUUUGGAAACCUUCUCUGUUCCUCUGCAUAAGAUCUACUUGGAAUCAGAGUUGGUACAGGGUGAGGUGAUUAUGGCUGUUCGUCCUUCUUUGCCUGUGGAAGGGAUUUCCGUGAUUUUGGGAAACAACUUGGCAGGUGGACGUGUGUGGCGAGAUGUUGCACCUCCUCCAGUGGUCCGAGUUUCUCCAUCGGUUUCUGUGUUAGAUGUAUGUGCUCAAGACUUUCCUGAUGUUUUUCCAUCAUGUGCAGUAACUCGUGCCAUCACUCGUUCUUUGGCUGGAAAAGAUGUUGAGUCAGGUAAACCUGAUUCUACCCUUCAUAAGUCUGUUGUUUUACCAACUCUCCCUAUUCCUCUGUCAUGCAGUGAGUUGAUCUCAGCCCAGCAGGAGGACACAAACUUAACUGCUCUGUUUGACCAAGUCCAGACAGCUGGAACAGGUUGCCAAGGUCUCCUGUGGGUAUUUUUUAUUAGACAACCUUUUGGUGCGUAAGUGGU